AUGGACAACUAUACACGAAAGGUCUUCACGACUUCGCGUUCCCUGACUUACACUUAUUACGACUCUGGCUCUGCCAAUCCCCUCUCGGCCGACCAAACCACUCUCCUCUUCCUUCACGGCUUCCCUGAUAGCGCACACCUCUGGCAUCAGGUCGUCCCACACCUGCGGUCCCUCCCGCACCGAAAACUCGUCCCGGACCUUCUUGGGUUUGGCGGCAGCUCUAAACCGACUGACCAGGCCCUGUUCAGACCCUCUUGUAUCGUCUCCGACCUGGUUGAGCUCCUGGCCAUUGAGGGUGUACAGGAGGUCGUGGUGAUUGGACAUGACUGGGGUUCUAUUCUGGCACAGCGCUUCUGGCUGUGGAAGCCAGAACUUUGCGUUGGCAUCGCGAUGUUGAAUGUUGCGUAUCAGCCGCCAACGGCGCAGCCAUUUGACCUGACCGCUGUGAAUGCAGAGUUCGAAAGAGUGACAGGGUAUCCGCUGUACGCCUAUUGGGAGCUUUUCAUUGCAGAUGAUGGCGCCUUGCUUGUGGAUGAGCACUUGGACAGGUUCUGGGAGGUGAUGCAUGGCGCUAGGGAACAUUGGAUGCGCGAUAUAUUCUGUGUACGGAAUGCUAUGCGGAGCUUUUUGGAAGGCAACGAGAAGAUCGAGUUGAAGGAAUACGCUAAGUCGGGGAAGAGAUGGAAGGAGGAGUGGUUCAAGAGCGUGCAGGGCGGUGGUGGGUUGACAAGCGCGAUGUGCUCCUAUAAGCCAAUGGUAUACAAUCUUGACUUUGAUGCUGAGAAUGCGUUACCGGCGGGGCGCGCGCGGGUUACCGUGCCUGCUUUCUUCUUAGGGUGUUCCGGUGAUGAGCAAACAGUCUGGUCUCCUGCCAGACCUCACAGUCAAGGUUAUUGA